AUGCCGUUUGUGUGGAUGAAAUUAGUUUUGUUGAAUUUAUUUGGAUUUUGGAAUACCGAUGUAGUUGGUGAUAGAUUGAGAAAUUUUACUGUUUCUGUUUGGCAAUAUGAUCCUGGUCCUCAUAUCAAAUAUAACAUGGUGGAUACUGAAUACUGUAUUUGUGUCCAUUACCCGAACAUAGCAGAGAGAGGCACCUGGACAAAUUCAACAUGUACGAAAAUAUGUAUGGGAAGAUUUGUUCUGUUUGUUUUGAACAACCCAGAUUAUUUAACAAUAUGUGAAUUAGAGAUAUUUGGUGAUAUAUACAAUGGCUGUUCAACACAGUACUUACCUGAAAUUAAUAUAAAGAAAGUGGUAGGUAAACGUUCCAGUUCACCAAAUUGUCCACCCUUACCAUAUGAAGUAACCAAUGUAUAUGAGUGUAUCCAUCAAUGUUUACAGAUGAACAACUGUAUCAGUUUUAAUUAUGGUCCUAAUUUAAUCAACAGUGUUAAUUGUCAAUUAGUGAGAUGUUUUUCACACCCACAACAAGACUUUACUGUAGAUAGUGAUUGGAACUGGCGAUAUUUGUCACGUUAA